AUGAACUCGUUAAUGCACAUAAUUAUACUCCAAGUACUUCUUGGUCAAGUAUUAUCAAAUUUGACGUGCACAAGUAUAAAAAAUAUUGAUAAAUGCUCAUGUAAGCAUGAUCUUUAUGGUGACGAUAUAGAAGUGGAAUGUGGGUUGUCAACUUUGGAAUUAAAUUUGAUGGAAUCCAUAAUUAAAAUUGAAUGUAAUUCGGAUCAAACACAAUGGGAACAGAUUUUUGGUCGAAUUGAUAUUAAUGAAUUACGUUUCACACAAUGCCUAUUAUCCGAUACAGGAAUUAAUCAAACCAUCUCAACACUUGGCAUUUAUAAGGUUCAAAGUUUGAAACUAGUUGCCAUGAGACUCGACGGUAGUCUAGAAAAUACUUACUUGUCAAAAUUGGAGAGCGUGGAGACGUUACAUAUUACUCUUACCAAAUUAAUAUUAACCAAUGAAUCGUUUGAAGGAACACCUCGUUUAACAAAAUUAUAUCUUAGAGAAAACUACAUAGAAGAUAUACCCACGGGUGUGUUCAAACCACUUACUCAUUUAGAAAUAUUAGAUUUAGGAGAUAAUGAGAUAACCAAAUUAAAUAGUGAUCUAUUUUAUGGUAUUCCAUUGAAACGUUUGAAUUUGGACACAAAUUAUUUAACAUCUUUGGACCUAAAUUCUCAGAGUCUGAAGUAUUUGGAUGUAGCCAACAAUAGAAUUACUUCUUUGACUGUUGGACGUCUCAAUCAACUUAUUAGUAUAUCAUUAAACAAAAAUAUUUUAGUAACAAUGCCUGACCAAACAUUUAAAAACACUUCUUUAAUGUCAAUAAAAUUCAGCUAUGGUAACUUUACCACUAUACCUCAACGAUUUUUAACAAAUUUAGACGGAUUACUUAAUGUUUAUCUCACGUCUUUAAACAUAGAAAAGGUACCAGAAAAUAUGAUUUGGGAUUCACAAAAUAUUGCAAAUUUAUCAUUAGCUUCAAAUCGUUUGAAUGAACUACCAGUGAUGUUUUUUCGGGAUGCUAGGAAAUUAAAAUUGUUAGAUUUAUCUAAAAAUCAAAUUGAAAAUAUCAAUCAUGAAUUACUGACACCAUUAAUAAAUCUAGAAACCUUAGAUUUAUCCAAUAAUUUAAUAAUCCAAAUUAAUAACUACAGUUUAAGGCACUUAAAAAACUUGAAGUACCUCAAUUUGGAAAGAAAUAAUAUAACUAAUAUUAAACGGGAAGCAUUAUAUGUCCCGAAAUUAAAAAUAUUAAAAUUGGCUUAUAAUAAAAUAAGUAAUUUGACCUCAAAUAAUUUAUUCUCAUUAUAUUAUUUGGAUCAAGUUGAAACUAUUGAUUUAUCAAACAAUUUCAUAAAUUGUAUUGAUCCUGGUUGGGUAAGAUUGAUUAUGUUAAUUAAUAUUAAUCUAUCAAGUAAUAACUUCACUGUACUCAGAAUACAAGAUAUACAGUAUAUAAAUGAAAUUGCAAAAACUAAUCUUAACAAUAAUCCAUUAGAAGUAAUUGAUUUGUCAAAUUUAGAAAUAUUUGCUAAAGCACAAUCGCCACCAUACAAUUUCUGGAAUAACAGACAAAUAAAUCUUUCUAGUGAUAAAUUCAUUUGUGAUUGUCGUAAUUAUGAGUAUGCAAGAUUUUUACAUAACCAAAUGCCAAAAAUAGUGUACAUGUACUUACAAAUUGAACAAAAAUUGAUUUGCAAUGAUGGUUUGGGUACAGAAUUUUCAAAUAUGAAUAUCGAAAGUUUAACAUGUGACUGGAACAUUUUUGAGGAUGUAGACAAGACUGACUGUUUUGAAUGUGAGUGUACUUACCGUCCUCAUGACAAAUCUGCCCUGAUGAAUUGUUCAAAUAGAAAUUUAAGCUUGGCACCGAAAGAAAUAAUUUCAAGUAGAAAUGUUAAUUAUGUAGAACUGAACUUAAGAAAUAAUUCCAUCACAAAGUUACCAAACUAUGAAAAUUUAAACAUCAAGAAGUUAAAUAUUGGUUAUAAUAAUUUAAAUACCAUUAACUUAACGCAGUUACCUAAAAAUCUUACGGAUUUACACUUGGAACAUAAUAAUCUUACUAUGAUUAGUGAGAAAAAUUUGAACAAUACAUUACCCAACUUAAACAUCUUAACAAUGAACAGUAAUUCAUGGAUAUGUGAUUGUAAUGCCAAGAAUACUAUCAAUUUUAUUCACAAAUAUUCAUCUAAGAUUUUUGAUUUAUUCAGUAUCACAUGCAAUCAGUCAUCAACUCUGUUAGUUACCCUGACUGAGGAAGAAGUAUGCCAAGAAGAAUUAAAUACUGCCAUGAACAUCACUGUAUCUAUACUUAUAGUCGUGUUGUGGUCAGGUUUUAGCUUAGGUUUGUUAUGGAUGUUGUAUUAUAGCAGUGGCGUCAUUAGGGGGGUUGCAACUGGGGAAUUUGCCCCGAUCUAG